UCAGUGGGAACAAGGCAGGGGAACGCGAUGGCUUUUCAACCCUGAAUCCCUGCGCAAUUUAUCAAUCCGACUGCUGCGUUUUCUAUCGAGGCUCUAAACAUAGAUGGUGCCGUGCUCAUGAACCUGGCUAGCCAAAGCGGGGAUGCCGGCGGAAGCCAGCUCCUCUUCGCCAACUUUAACCAGGACAACACAUCCUUGGCCGUUGGCACUAAAUCAGGAUACAAGUUUUUCUCCUUGUCAACAGUGGACAAAUUGGAACAGAUUUAUGAAUGUUCGGACACGGAGGAUGUGUGUAUUGUGGAGCGCCUGUUCUCCAGUAGCCUGGUGGCCAUCGUCAGUCUUAAGGCUCCUAGGAAGCUCAAAGUCUGUCAUUUCAAGAAGGGAACUGAGAUUUGCAAUUACUCUUACUCCAACACCAUACUGGCCGUCAAACUCAACAGACAGAGACUGAUAGUAUGUCUGGAGGAGUCACUUUAUAUUCAUAACAUCCGAGACAUGAAAGUCCUGCACACCAUCAGAGAGACCCCACCUAACCCCUCAGGCUUGUGUGCACUUUCCAUCAGCAAUGAUAACUGUUACCUGGCAUACCCAGGAAGUGCCACCAUAGGAGAGGUCCAAGUAUUUGACACUGUCAACUUGCGAGCGGCGAACAUGAUUCCAGCUCAUGACAGUCCUUUAGCUGCGCUGGCGUUUGACGCGAGCGGAACCAAAUUGGCCACAGCCUCAGAGAAGGGCACGGUGAUUCGCGUCUUCUCCAUCCCAGAGGGACAGAAGCUCUUCGAGUUUCGACGGGGAGUCAAGAGGUGUGUGAGUAUCUGCUCAUUGGCAUUCAGUAUGGAAGGCCUCUAUCUGUCAGCCUCCAGCAACACAGAGACAGUCCACAUCUUCAAACUUGAGACGCAGAAAGAGAAAUAUGUGCCAGCAGAGGAACCCACCACAUGGGGAGGGUACCUAGGCAAGGUCCUGAUGGCAUCUACCACCUAUCUGCCGGCCCAGGUUACAGAGAUGUUCACCCAAGGACGCGCCUUCGCCACCGUACGACUGCCCUUCUCCGGACACAAGAACAUCUGUGCCCUGGCUGUGAUCCAGAAGAUUCCAAGAUUGCUAGUAGCUGCAGCUGACGGCUAUCUGUAUCUGUACAAUUUGGAUCCCCAGGAAGGCGGGGAAUGCACACUAAUGAAACAGCACAGAUUAGAUGGUAGCGCAGAGCAGCCCAAUGAAAUCCUAGAGCAAGGGUCACAUGAUCGUCCACUCGUUACCCAGACCUACAGUGCUGCUGUUACUAAAGGUUACUGCGAAGAACAAGGUGCCGUGGGAGGGGCGGGGCUGGAGGACGACCUCAACGACUUGCGUUUGGAGGAGGAGAAUGAGCAGCCGCCUCUCAUCCUAGAGACCGACUGAAGGGAUGGCUGCAGCCACCGAACAGAGGGCUCCUCUGGUGCUGCUAUGAAAAUGUGACACGAGUGGGGAGGGGCAGGAUUAAAGUCAGGGGUGUAUAUAUACGCUCGAAAUGUUCAAGAGCCUGUCGGUCAGUUUAUGUGUCUAUUUGUCUGUCCACACAUCUAUCUCCCCCCCCACUCCCUCGUUCCCUCUCCCUCAGUCUACCUGUGCAGGUGAGACUGAAGCUUUGCAUGUACAUGUGCCAACUGCUAAAAAACAUGCUCCCACAUGAAAACCAGUACGAGAGUGUGAGUGUCAGUGUCAAACAUAUCGAAAAUGUAGCUCUGUCUCCACUCGACACACACACACACACACACACACACACAAACAUAAACAAAAUGAAAGUGAUGUUUAAGUGCCUCUCUGCCCAAUUGUGAUGAUAUUUUGUUUGAGAGCAUGAUUUUCCACACAUAAGCUUGGUUAAAAGCUGGGCCUUUCUUUUUUCUUUUUUUUUAAUUUAAAUCAAGAUUGUGUAUUAUAUCUUCUGACCCUCCCCUAUUUUGGACAUAGUAUACACUCACGUGUGGCGUCCUGUGAGAUGUGUAUCGUUUGUGGCCUUGGUCCACACAGUUUUGACUCUGUUUUCUGAAGAAUGUUUUUAGAAGCUGAUGGCGUGAGACAGAGGUCUCCUUGUUUUAAUAGGUGUGCUGUUGCAAGUUUGUGUGUAUGUGCGUGUGCGUGUGUGUGCAGGCUGAGAUAGAAGUCGUGUGUGUGCUGGGCAUGUACAUUAGCAAAACAUUUAGAAAUUUGCCUACACUUCUCCCCGCUCUCUUUUUACCCAAUUGAACCAGAGGCUCUUUAGCCCUCUCUGCCCCCUUCUCCCCCCAGAGGCCUGCCGUCAUUGGUUGAUUUGAAACUGAUAUAAAUGAUCGUGUGGUUGUUUUUUUUUUUUGUUUUUUUUUAACAUAGGUAACCAAUCCAUAACCAAUGAUGUGUCAUGCGUAGCAAAAUAUGCUUGGUGUUUCUGGCGUGGUACUGUGUCCAUAUGUUAAAGGCACUCAGCUGAUAUAACGGCUGAUCAAAAUCGGACGGGAAAUCGAGUCAUAAAAUGGAACAAAGCUGUCGGCGUCGCAGCGUUAGGCCUUCAUCUGCUCCUCUGAAAGUCCUCCUCAACCCAUCUCUCCUUCUCUGUACAUUACUUGAUGUGACAAGAUAUCGUAUCACUGUACCAUGUAGUCGUGUUUGAGCUUUCAGAAACUCUGGGAUCGCACAUUGCGGUUGGCGGUCAAGUUGAAGUUGGGGGGGGGGGGGUUAAUCUCACUGGCCCGGGGCUGAGGCUCAUCAUCUGGUCCAGAACACUACAUGAUUUCCCAUGAUCAUCUGGUGUGUGGGGCGAGAGCCACUAAAGAAGGGCAAGUCAUGGGAAUUUGGAGUGUCAGACAUUUUCUAAUGAUUUUGUAUAAAAAUGUGAAAUGCUCAUCUGAAACUAAAAUGAAAAUAAAAUCCAUGUUGAUGUAUGUUUGGUGAUAGGUGGCUUUUGCUUUUGUUACUCUGCUGUCGGCUCACUUCUUAAAUACUUCACAUCAAGGGAAGGACGUUUAAUUUAGAUGGUCUGCUGUGGUUAGAAAUGAAUCAGUAUGUAGCAUUGUUUACUGUUACAUUAAACGUAUGUCUGUAUCAUAUGAUGUAAGGACACGGAGGACCUACUUUUGACGUUUUUUAUUUAAUCCUGCAUCUUGUGGGUCAUAAUUUUUUUCAAUGUAUUAGCAUGAGCAUCAUGUGCUGGCUAAUGAUUCAUUUUGGCUUUUUGAGAAGGGAAUUAAAUUUACAGUUUAUUUUAACAUCAA